AUGUCUAAGGACAAAUAUAACGCUACUGUUGUCCAGCGAUCUGUUCAAAGUGUCCAACAAGCGCUAAUUGAAGGUUUGCCAGAAAAUGCGCCCGUGUUGCAAAGUGUGUUGCAAUGGCGUCUGGUGAGUGAAGCUGAAUUAUCAGCUUCAGAGUCAGCAGAAGGAACCUUAGAAAGAGAAGGAAGCAGUGAAUGGAUUAUAAAUAGAAGAUCCCUACCUGUGGGAAUCUACCAAGUAAAGUUUACUGCUUCUUUUCAAAUUGGAGACUCAGGUGCUCCACAGACUAUUCAGGCGUUCAACUUCGGUUUUAUUGAGGUUAUUGCUGCACCUCUACGAGCCAUCAUUGACGGUGGCAGUAGUGCUCGAUGGGGAUCAGUAGAAACUGUUACAGUGGAUGGUUCACUAAGCUAUGACGGAGACAUUGGCCUUGGUAAUCAUGAUGGAGUCGAAUUUACUUGGUACUGCCGUGAGGCAAUUGAAAAUGGUCCAGUGAGCAAUGAUUGUUUCGGUGCCUUUGUUGAUGGAGCAAAUGCCCUUGCAGUUAUUAUUGACACCAGUGUACUUGAUGUAGGAAAGACAUAUUUCUUAUGUUUAAAUGUGUCCAAAGAUGUGAGGAGUGCCUUUGCUGAGAUGACAUUUGAGAUAGUAGCAGGGCAGAUACCUCAAGUAAAACUGAGGUAA